UGACAAAUCAGGGGGAAGAUGUGACUGAUAUUAAAGUGGAGGAUGAAGAAGAGCGGAUGAUGGGCGAUCCCCCGUGUAAGAGUGAGGUGGAGGAGGACAUUCCAGUCCAUGUGACCACAGGUAUGGAGUAAUGAAUGGAGGAAGGGAAUUGGGAGGUUUCUUCAGAAAAUCCCAGUAAGAACUCUGAGGGAAACUUCAUCUUAUCACUAAAUUAUACAGGAGAAGAUGAAGAUAUCGGGCAUGGCUCUUCAGGAGAAAACCUCAUUACCUGUAAUGUCCAUCCAGGACUUCACAGACCAGAUCUGUCAUAUAAUGCUCCUAAUCAUAAGGAACCUUCUCCUGACCAAUCACAGAUUUCUAACACAAGUACCGGGCCGAAAAAGGUUACAAGUUUUUAUUGUGGGAAAUGUGGAAAAAAGUUCACGAACAUUUCAGGUCUAUAUGCACACAGAAGAAUUCACCCAGUAGAGAUGUUUAAUUCAUGCUCAGAAUGCGGCAAAUGUUUUACAAAAAAGUCAAGUCUUAUUUUACAUCAGAAAAUUCACACAGGGGAGAAAAUAUUUUCAUGUUCCAAAUGUGUUAAAUGUUAUGUACAUAAAUCAAGUCUUGAUGAUCAUAAGAGAAGUCACAAAGUAGAGAACCCGUAUUCAUGUGCAGAAUGUGGGAAAGGUUUUAUAUAUAAAUCACAGCUUGCUGAUCAUGAGAGAAUUCACACAGGAGAGAUGCCGUAUUCAUGUGCAGAAUGUGGGAAAGGUUUUCUUUAUAAAGGGAGCCUCAAGGUGCAUCAGAGAAGUCACACAGAAGAAAAAACAUUUAUAUGCUCCAAAUGUGGUGACUGUUUUACACGAAAGUCAAGUCUCACUACACAUGAGAAAGUUCACAUUGGAGAGAAGCCAUUUUGAUUUUCUUUAUGUGAAAAAGAAAAUCUGAAUUUGAAACUCAUCUGAGAAUUUACACAUAGAAGAAACUAAAUUCUUGUUUGGAAUGUGGAAGUGUUUACAUGCAUUAGCCUAUAUGAGAGUAUAUUUUUCUGUGGAAUUACCCUGGGUCUGCCGAAGAGCCAAAUUAUAUUUCUCUGAGGUCAACAGUGACCAGGAUCCAUGGAGGAAAAGUAUUGAAGAAGAAGAAGAAGAGCGUUGUUUACUGUCAGAGCAGUGAAGAUGAAUUGUCCCCAUGGACCUUGCUUCUUACUGUAUUUAUACCUCCGCCAACACUGCAGGAGAAUCCAGAGGGACACAGUGAGAAACGGAAGGACAUCUCCUGUAGACUUUUAUGUAACCUAUGUGGACAUAUGGAAUGGGUAUUUGCUCUUCAUUAAUACAAUAUAUGAAGAUAAAGGUGAUGGGGAAAGUAACAGUCUGAGUUGACAAUAAUUUGUUUAAAAACCCAGAUCUUCUAUUUCCUUCCAUUUCCUUCUCUUUGCCUCAUUCACACUUGUGUAUUCUGGUCAGUAUCGUACACCAGUAUUUGUAGGAUAAAACUAGGAGUAGCUCCCGAACAUGGAAGACUUUCCAUUAUACUUUUCUCUGUUUUAUUCCGUUCCCUGUUACGGCUUACAGAUACUGAUACAAGAUACCGACCGAAAUACAAAAGUGUGAAUGAGGCCUUACUGUCUAUUGGUCUCUUCCAAUGGAGCUUUUAUUGCCUACUCUCCUAUAGAGAUCAUGCACAGCCAGUUAUACAUCUCAUAUCUUCCUUGGUGGUCUGUUGAGGUCUUCAUUCAUCUAGGUCAGACUAAUGAUAUAUCAGUAGUAAUAAAUCAGAGCAACUGGACAUGUAUUUGUUUUUCUCGAAGACUUUUCACUGGUCAUCUGAAUUGCUUUCUCAAUUAGAAUGGCUAGUACAAGAAAUCUCCGGCAAUAUACACUGCCACUUACAAUGCUGUCCUAACACCUCUCCUGAUGCAGUACAAUUACACCUAAUAACAUCAUUAAUGCAAAUGCAAUCAACACCUUACCUCCAUGGCUGAACCAUGAAUCACUAGUGUCGGAGAUUUCUCAUAUAAGGUAUUGUAAUUUACAAAGACAGUCGGAUGACUUGUGAAACACCAGUCCAGUUGCUCUGACUUAAUACUACUGACAUUCCUUGAUGAGUUUCUCACAAAUAGAGGAAAAUACAAGUAGCGCUCAGGGAUCACCAAGUAAAUAACUUUAUACACUCUGACACAAAAAUAACACACCAAAAAGAGUUGUUGGAAUGAAGCUUUCUCUGUGUGAAUGUAAUGAUGAUAAAUGUGAGUGAUUAUAUAAUAUUGGAAUGGAAGUCCCAUGGUCAAUUGAUGUCAUCACUGUAAGUCAGCGUGUUCCAAGCACACGCACCAGGAUUUUUAGCCUUAGGAAACCUACCAAAUUAUAUAUUGGUUGGCCUGAUAAUAUUUCAUAUUUGUGUUUG